AAAAAAGAAUUAAUUAUUACGCCUUUUCUACUUUCCUUAAAGGCUCGGAUCAUCAUGAAAAUCUGUAUCUUAUUGUUUGUUUUUGGGCUUGCUGCUGCCGAUUUCUGGCAAGAUGCUACUGCCCCAUACGUAGAUAAUGCAGUUAAGUCAUUUUUGGAAGGUUUUGGCGAAACUGGUUCACUAAGAACUGCACUUAAUCUUCCAUAUGCUGUAGAAUUAGAUGAGGGAGAAGAGGAAAUAAAGGAAGAAGUUGGAAAAAACUUGAAAGACAUUCUGAAUGAAUAUUUGGAAAGAAUUAAAGAUAAAGUGAAUAAAGGAAAGGAUGUUGCUGAAAAACUUGUUGCAAAGGUUUACAAUUCAUAAUUCU